GGAAAAUGUGAAGACCCCAACAGCAACCCACAGGGAUAUUGAUCGAAACCGGUGUCUUUUAGCCGCAACCUCCACUCCGCCGUGUUCUUCAACUAGUGGCAGCGCUGCCGCAACCGCUCACCCACCACUCCUUCCCCCAAUUUCUCGCAUUCAUAGCGCCUUCCUCCCGGUUGGAGAGUGACGAAGCAAUGCAGGGCUCCAAGACCAAAUCUGGUUCUGCGGAGGCGAAGAGCAACGGCAAGCCGCCUGAGAAGAAGGGCACGCCGCCGACCCCCAAGGACAGCAAGCCGCGCAAGCCGGCUGUGCCCAAGGCGGCUGCCGUCCAUGGCACGCCGCCGAGCGCGCCACGCGCGGCUGACAAGUCCCCCGGGUCGGCCGACCGCAAGGCUCCCACGCCCAAGACCGCCUCCCGGCUCACCACGCCUCCAGAGAAACAAGGAAAGGCCUCGAAGCCUCCUCAGGAGCUGCAGUCGCUGCUUGAUGCGGUUCAAGAAGAGCUCAUGAAGGCGAAGGAGCAGUUGAUGGAUAAGGAGAAGGAAAAGGGAAAAGUUCUCGAGGAGCUGGACCGUGCCAAGAAGGUGGCUGAUGAGGCCAAUGCGAAGCUUCAGGAUGCGCUCGAUGUGCAGAGGAAGGCCGCUGAGGCAUCGCAGACCGAGAAGUUCCCUGCCGUCGAGUUGGAGCAAACAAGCAUCGAGUCUGUGCAGAGGAAGCUGGAGAACAUGCAAAGCCAGCAGGAGGCUGAUGCAACCGCCCUGCGGUCGACGGUGGAGCAGCUUGAGAAGGCAAGGUAUGAGCUGGCUGACGCAAUCGAUGCCAAGAACGAAGCGCUCAGCCAGGCAGAUGGUGUCAUGAGGGCUGCUGAGGAGAAUGCUGAGAAAGUUGAGCUCCUUAAUGCAGAGGUUAAGCGUCUGAAAGAUCUUGUUGAUUCAAAGGUGGAUGGCAAACCCAAAAAAAUUGCUGACAGGAUUAAGAAGCUUGAGACAGAGAACUCUGCAUUGAAGCUUGAGCUUAAGAAAGCAAAGGCGGAUGAAGAAAGGGUGGCUGAAUUGGAGCGCAUGGUUGAACAACUUAAGAUUGAUAUAGCAGAUGCUAAGAAGGCAGGCGCGAUGUCAGGUGAAUUAGCUGAUGAGUGGCAGAAGAAGGCACAGCUGUUGAAGGUCAGAUUGGAAGAAGCUGAUCAAUCUAACAUUUUGAAGGGCGAGUCUUUGAAUUCAGCGAUGGAAGAAUUGGAUGCAACAAGUACAUUGCUCCGAGAUAAAGAAUCCGAAGUUGCUGCUCUUCAAGACAAGGUCAGGUUCUUGGAGGAUGAGGUGGCCAGACAGAAGGGAAAUAUUGAUGUGUCAAGCGGACGGCUUGAUGCUGCAGAGAAAGAAGCAGCUGAUUUACGGACAGAGGUCGAAGAACUUAGGCUAAAGCUCCGUGCAGUGGAAGAAGAAAAAAUGGAGGCGCUGAACAGCGACAAAAAUGCAAGUUCAGAAGUAGAGACCCUGACUGAACAGAAGAACCAGCUGGCCAAGGAGCUUGAAGCUAGCAAAGAUGAAGUUGAUAAGGUUAAGAAGGCAAUGGAGGGUCUGGCAUUGGCUUUACACGAAAUAUCAGCUGAAUCUAGAGAGGCACAGGAGAGGUGCCUUACCAAACAAGACGAAAUUGAGCGCGCUCAGGCACAGGUAGAGGAGCUUAACAUGAGUCUGAAAAAUACUACAGAGAACUAUGAGGUGAUGCUUGAUGAAGCAAACUAUGAGAAGGUUUGCCUCACGAAGUCAGUUGAAAGGAUGGAAGCAGAAGCUAAGAGCACACAUGACGAUUGGCAGUCCAAGGAGCUAAUUUUUGUCAACUCUAUCAAGAAGUCAGAAGAGGAAAUAGUCGCCAUCAGAGUUCAGAUGGAUAGGACCUUGGAGGUGGUGAAAGACAAAGAAAAUGAAAACGCAGAUCUGCAGGAGAAGAUGCAGCACCUUGAAGCUCAGCUAAUGGAAGCUAACAGAAUCAGAGGGGAAGCCGCGGCUGAGACUCUCCAAUGGAAGGAAAAACUGUUAGACAAAGAGAAUGAACUACAGAGCAUAAAACAGGAGAACGAAGACUUGCAGGCAAAAGAAUUAGCUGCUUCUGAGAAGAUUAAGGAGCUCUCUUCCUUUCUUGCAAAUUGCACUAUAAAUGGUAGUAACAAGGAAGAAAAUGAGAAGGGGAGCAGUGAGGAGGAGGAUGAGCCGGUCGUGGUUGUUGCUAAAAUGUGGGAGAACAGCAAGUAUACUGACUAUGAAUCAUCUAAGGAGAAGGAGGAUGACGGUGGGUCACAAAUCGAUUUUGAAUCAAACAUGGGAGAUGCAGCUCUUGACAACAAUGGGUUGCACCCGACGAAGGAGAACAAUGGCAGUACAUCACCAACCAAACAGCAUCAACAGCAAAAGAAGAAGCCUUUACUGAAGAGGUUUGGUGGUUUGCUGAAGAAGAAAAGCGAAAAUUAACUUUAAAUCAUCUGAUGGUAUUUCUUUGUUUUAUGUCAUGUGCUCUUGCUUUGACUAGCCAUAGUUUCUGUGUCUUGCCCCUUCAUGCUGAAGCAAAUGUUGGAUGAUUCAAAGAAUACAAAAGGUCGAUUGUAUUUACAACCCUGAGUUCGUUUCUUACAUUUUGUAUGUUUGAUGAUCAUAGUUAUUCAUAUAUGCCCUGAUAAUGUUGUUGUAAA